CCUUCUUUGUCAGCUACCAGCAUAUAUAAGGACCCUGAGUUGCUCUACUGUACUCACUCUCCAGCCAGAGCAGAGUAAGACCACAAACCACCGUCCACAUGGCUACCACCUUCUCCAGCGGCAGCUUCAUUUCCAGCAGGUCCUCAAUGGGCUCCUCACGCUUCUCUUCUUCAGGUGGAGGAAGUGGCCGCAUCAGCGCCAUGAGGGCUGGCAGCGUGUAUGGAGGCGCAGGAGGUUCAGGGGUCCGUAUCUCCAGUGCCUCUCGCUCCAUGGCCUCAGCAGGCUCAGGAAGCGGCUUUGGCUUUGGAGGUGGAUUUGGUGCUGGAGGAGGCGCUGGUGGAGGAUUCGGCGGGGGAUUUGGUGGUGCUGCAGCUGGAGGAGGAUUCGGCGUCGGUGGAGGAGCGGAUGACAGCAUCAUUGGCAACGAGAAGUUCACCAUGCAGAAUCUCAACGACCGUCUGGCUGCUUACCUGGAGAAGGUCCGCUCCCUUGAAAAGGCCAAUGCUGACCUCGAGCUGAAGAUAUGCCAAUUUCUUGAAACCAGAAUCUCUCCUACUGGCACUGCUCGUAACCACUCUGCCUUCGAAGCUACUAUAGGUGACCUCCAGGCUAAAAUCCAGAGCGCCAUGCAGGAAAAGAACACAGUCCACCUCAGCAUUGACAAUGCCAGCUUGACUGCAGAUGACUUCAGAAUGAAAUAUGAGAACGAGCUGGCAAUGCGUCAGUCUGUGGAGGCAGACAUUGCAGGGUUAAAGACUGUGCUUAGCGAGCUCAAUAUGAGUCAUAAAGACCUCAACCUGCAGAUCGAAGGGCUCACUGAGGAGCUGGUCUACAUGAAGAAGAAUCAUGAGGAGGACCUCUUGACCUCACGCGAUCAGAUGAGUGGACAGGUCAAUGUGGAGGUUGAUGCAGCACCACAGGAAGACCUGACCAAAAUUCUAGCGGAGAUGCGUGAGCACUACGAGACUGUCGUAUCCAAGAGCCGGAGAGACCUUGAAGGCUGGUUCCAGCAGAAGUCCGAGACCUUGAAACAAGAGGUUGCAACAAGCACAGAGACCUUGCAGACUUCGAAAACUGAGGUCAACACAAUGAAGAGCACAGUACAGUCACUGGAGAUUGAGCUUCAGUCUCUCCUUGCCAUGAACCUCACAAUCUCUGGCUCUGGCUCCAGCUCCUCCUCCAGCUCGAUCACUACCACCAAAACAGCAGUGAUCACUGUGGUGGAAGAGGUGUUUGAUGGUGGGACGGUGGUUUCUUCCUCUUCAACAUCCCUUGUUAAGUGAAGCCCACCAGACUCGUGUUGGUUGGAGAACAGACCUUUAGCUCCGCUCAUGCUGUCAGAAUAUGGUGGUCGUCUUUGAGCAUUUACAACAAUAAAACUGAUGUCAAAGACAAAA